AGCAACAGAGGCGGGACCAUAUUCGAGGAUUCGAUUGGUUAAAUCUCGCCCACGAUGAAGCUGUGAUUGAACGACGGGGCUUUGGCCCCGCCUCCAGGCCGAAGUUCCGUUAACAGCUUUACUCUUCUAAUUGGUUGACAGACACCUGACUUUCACCGCCCCCCCCAGUCGCUUAUUAACGUCUCGAGACGCAGGGUAAUGACGUAGUUCCCCGACAUUCCGCAUCCAAGAUGGCUGCUGUCAGGAAGGAGAGACGUCGCUAAGGGUUUUGCCUGAGGCGAGGGGUUGAUGUUGGCCUGAGAAAGAUCUUCAGAGGAUUAUAACAUUCCAGAGACCCAUUGGGGAAGAACAAGUCUACGUCAAUAAAUGAAGGAGAACAAAGAAAAUUCAAGCCCGUCAGUCACAUCAGCAAACCUGGACCACACAAAACCAUGUUGGUACUGGGAUAAGAAGGACUUGGCGCAUACACCCUCACAACUUGAAGGACUUGAUCCAGCCACUGAGGCCCGGUACCGCCGAGAGGGGGCUCGCUUCAUCUUUGAUGUGGGCACACGUUUGGGGUUACACUAUGACACCCUGGCAACUGGAAUCAUUUAUUUUCACCGAUUCUAUAUGUUCCAUUCCUUCAAACAAUUCCCAAGAUACGUGACAGGAGCCUGUUGUCUCUUUCUGGCUGGGAAAGUAGAGGAAACACCAAAAAAGUGUAAAGAUAUCAUCAAAACGGCUCGUAGUUUAUUAAAUGAUGUCCAAUUUGGCCAGUUUGGAGAUGACCCAAAGGAAGAAGUCAUGGUGCUGGAGAGGAUCCUACUGCAGACCAUAAAGUUCGACUUACAAGUAGAGCAUCCGUACCAGUUCCUGCUCAAAUACGCCAAGCAGCUGAAAGGUGAUAAAAACAAAAUUCAGAAGUUGGUUCAAAUGGCAUGGACAUUUGUAAAUGACAGUCUCUGCACCACCCUGUCACUGCAGUGGGAGCCAGAGAUCAUAGCUGUUGCAGUAAUGUAUCUUGCGGGACGUUUGUGCAAAUUUGAAAUACAAGAGUGGACCUCCAAGCCCAUGUACAGGAGAUGGUGGGAACAAUUUGUUCAAGAUGUCCCUGUCGACGUUCUGGAAGACAUCUGCCACCAAAUCCUGGACCUUUAUUCACAAGGGAAACAACAGAUGCCUCACCACACCCCUCAUCAGCUGCAGCAGCCCCCAUCUCUUCAGCCCACACCACAAGUGCCCCCGGUGCCACAGUCACAGCCAUCCCAAGGUUCUGAAGCAGCGCAGCCGCAGCAGAAGGACGCACAACAGUCAGCCCAGCAGCAGCAGCAGCAGCAAGCACAACAGCCCAAGAAACCAUCCCCUCAGCCCAGUCCUCCGCGACAGGCCAAGCGUGCCGUGGUGGUGUCUCCCAAGGAAGAGAACAAAGCCACAGAACCACCACCACCACCUAAAAUUCCCAAACUUGAGGCUGCUCACCCACCAUUGCCUCCAGCACACCCGCCUCCAGACCGGAAGCCUCCCCUUGCUCCUGCCUUAGGUGAGGCUGAAGCGACUGGCCCUGUGGAAACAAGUGACCUCCCUAAAGUCCAGAUUCCUCCCCCAGCCCACCCGGCCCCUGUGCACCAGCCCCCACCACUGCCACAUCGGCCUCCACCCCCGCCGCCCUCCAGCUACAUGACUGGGAUGUCUACCACCAGCUCCUACAUGUCAGGAGAGGGCUACCAGAGCCUGCAGUCCAUGAUGAAAACAGAGGGGCCCUCCUAUGGCGCCCUGCCCCCAGCCUAUGGCCCACCUGCUCACCUAACAUACCAUCCCCAUGUCUACCCCCCCAACCCACCUCCACCUCCUGUUCCUCCACCCCCAGCCUCCUUCCCUCCACCAACCAUCCCUCCCCCUACCCCAGGCUACCCUCCACCUCCCCCUACCUACAACCCCAAUUUUCCACCCCCGCCCCCACGCCUUCCUCCAACUCAUGCAGUCCCUCCUCACCCUCCUCCAGGCUUGGGUUUGCCACCAGCCAGCUACCCACCUCCAGCUGUCCCUCCUGGGGGGCAACCCCCUGUUCCCCCACCCAUCCCUCCACCUGGCAUGCCGCCUGUUGGGGGACUAGGGCGGGCAGCCUGGAUGAGAUAGCGACACCCCCCUUUUUUUUUCUUUUAACCGUUUUCCAAACAACUUGAAGAGUAGAUUGAGGGGCAGCAGCAGGGUACCUUGUAUAUGCUAGACAGUUGCAGUGUGGAAGGGCUGGGCCCUGGGGUGAGCUGUGUGCCCUGGGCAGUGCCUGUUGUGACCACAUCCAGUCUCAGCUGCACUCGCUGUCCUGCGCUGGGUUACUUCACGAGUGAGAAUGUUAAGUGCCACAUUGGCUCAGUUAAUAGCUUCAGUGAGGAGUGACGAACCCUCUAGAAAUCAGUGCCUAAUUCUCCUGGGAACCAUUGGUAUCCAUGUCCUAUCUGCAGUCCAGCUGCUGUCCCUCUACUCUGUGGCUUCUCUCUGUGGCCCCUAGUAGGUGAGGUGAGUCCCCAUAGAGCUUGUAACUGUCCUCUAUUGUCACCUGGGGGGCUGCCUUGCUGGGUGGCUGUCUCUUUCCCUCCAGGGAGAAAGGCGGUGUGUACUUGGAAAAUAAUGUGUGUUUACAUCUCUUUGCAAAGUCCUGUCCAUAGAGAGGUAUUUUUUAAAGCGUGAAUGUAACAACAUACUGUGAAUCCCAUCUCGGUUACAAAGGAGUCCUUCAGUCAGUUACCUGAAUAAAGUCAGUUCUGAAACGAC